UCUGGUGGAGCAUGUUGGUUGUGCAGCAAUUGCAGCAAGUACACAAAGUGCAGUGUAGACAGAGCACAUCCACCGGGCAUAGAAGGUAGAUCUCGUGACGACGGCAGUUCGGUAGCUCGUCGGGGUGAUGAGAUGUGAAUUUAGUUUUGCUAGCCAAAGGAAUUGCAAUCCUCAUCCGACAGUGAGCGGUUGCAGAUGAAAUUUCGGAGUGCGGAUCAAUAGCAAAAUUUGCCUCUAGCAAGCAGGCAGAAUAAAUUACAAGAACAAGAGUGCUGCGGAGAGGUGACUCACUCUUCGUUUGUUAACGGAAAACCACCCCUGCAGGAGGAAGAAUACAGAAGUGGAGAGAUAGAGAGUAAGCAGCGAGUGUCACUAAGUCGGUUGAUUUAUUCGGUCCGGCCUGUUGUCGUUGUCGCACUCAUCGUCAUAUAUUGUGAAAUGUGGGAUUUUCGAAAACCUUCAUGUGUGUGAAUAUCAUUGCUGAUUGUGACGGGAGAACGGAGAAGUGAAGUCUAGCCGAUAAGAAGAGGUUACGAACAGUGAAAGCUAAUGAACAGGCCAAGGCGAAGAGUCAUUGAAAAUAACUUUAUUUUCGCGAUCAUCUAUUACUAACGCCCUACGGCACGGCUCGGUGUGAGCGGGGCAAGUGAGUGUUAGUUUCGGUCGGUUGCGUUUUUUUCGCUGACCGUGUGUUCUUCUUUUUUCGGGUGCUCUUGGUGUUUAAACGUUUUUCAAGGAGACAGACAACGUUUUGCGGUGCAAUUUUAGUGCACACAUACUCAUCGCGGCCGAGCAUGGUAUACAGCGUUUGAGUUGAAGAAUAAUUCAACUUGAAUGUUUACAUCACGAAACUACUAAACAAAACUACAUUGUAAAGAUCUACGCAAAAUGGUCUACUACACGGGACUGCCACUGCUGAUGCAGCAGGCAGAUGGCGGCACAAUGGCACAGCUCUGCUUCAGCAAUAAUGCGACGAACGAUCGCGAUGGCGAACAGUCGCAGCAGCAUUCGUUGCAACAACAGCAGCAGCAGCAGCAGCAGCGAAUACAGUUCCAGCAGCAGGUUGUCAAUUUGAGCAGUAGCAGCAGCAGCGAUCUGAACAACCACCAGCUCUCAGCUUCUUCGACGCAAACCAGUGCAAGCAGCAAUGGCUCUCCGCCAGCAAUGUCUGUCAAUUUUGGAAACUUCCAAACGGCAGGCAGCAGCAUGGUUGCUGCUAAUUUGAUUGCGCAGCAAUCCCCGGCCACCGGUUCCAAGUUCCGUUGCGAGCAAUGUAAUAUCAACUUUGGUAGCAAAAGUGCCCAUACCAGUCACAUGAAAUCUCAUGCCAAGCAUCAGCAACAGCAACAACAGCAGCAGCAACAACAACUUCAGCAAGGAAUGCUGCUGGAGGGAAAAGUUGUUGGAAAAGGCCCGGUGAACGCAGCAGUUAUGGCUAUUCCAGGAGCGUCGGCUUCGGCCGAUCCGUACCAGUGUGAUGUGUGUAAGAAAACGUUUGCCGUUCCUGCCCGAUUGGUGCGACACUAUCGUACCCACACCGGAGAGCGUCCUUUCGAGUGCGAAUUUUGCCAUAAGAUGUUUAGCGUCAAGGAGAACCUGCAGGUUCACCGACGGAUUCACACCAAGGAGCGACCGUAUAAGUGCGAAAUUUGCGAUCGUGCCUUCGAGCACAGUGGAAAGCUUCAUCGGCACAUGCGAAUUCACACCGGAGAGCGACCGCAUAAGUGCAGUGUCUGUGGUAAAACAUUCAUCCAGUCUGGUCAACUAGUCAUUCAUAUGCGAACGCAUACCGGUGAAAAACCUUACAAAUGUCCAGUGGAAGGUUGUGGAAAAGGUUUUACGUGUUCGAAGCAGUUGAAGGUACAUUCGCGUACGCACACCGGAGAGAAACCGUACCAUUGUGAUAUUUGCUUCCGUGACUUUGGAUAUAACCAUGUGCUGAAGCUGCACCGGGUUCAGCAUUAUGGCUCCAAGUGCUACAAGUGCACUAUUUGCGACGAAACAUUCAAGAGCAAGAAGGAAAUGGAGGCACACAUUAAAGGACAUGCAAACGAGGUUCCAGAGGAGGAGGAUAACGACAACAAAACGAAUGUGACUUCCAAUCUGAGUGCCGAAUCUAGUCGAAGUACUCCGGAAUAUUCGUCAAGCUCAAGCAAUAUGGUGGCACCGGAUGGUUUAUUGGCAGAACAUCCGAUGGAAUUGGAGGACAAUCUUCCGGUAGCUCACAUUGAUAUGCGCGAACAGAACAGUAAUGGCAGCAGCAGCAGCAACAGUAGCAGUAAUUGUAGUGAUGGCAACGGCAAAGAUGCCCACUUCCCGGAUGGUAUUCACUACUACUCUCAGUUCGAGCAGUCCGUUCUGCGAAGUUACGGCGUUCAGUCCGGCGUGAAUCCGGCACUGUUGGCAGCGGCUUCGAUUGCUGCCGCUGCUACCGUAUCCGGUCUAGAGUCAAACGAAACGCAAAGCAAUAAAAGUCCCUCUCCUCCCCCGCUUACGUUCAUCAUGUCACCACAGCAGCAACAAUACCAUCAACAAAUGGUGACCUCAACCACUGGACGGUUGUCACCAACGGCGGCACAGUCUUCGCAAGCAUCACUCGAGUUGGUUACUCAACAACAGCAAGCACAAGCUCAUAUGUAUCAACAGCAGCAACAUCAGUUUUCGGAACAACAACCACAGUCGAUCAGCUCGAGGGCCGUGAAAAUCGAACCGAUGGCCAUCAUGAAGAACCAUGGAUACUUUGCUCCUGCUUCGCAAGCUACCGACUUCCGGUCCUCCAGUGACAUCGUUCGGCAGGUCGAAGCGGCCAUCGCCGGUACGGAGAGCCUGCUGACACCGCCGCGAUCAUCGCCGGAAUCUCCGGAUCGUUCAUCGUCACCGGAAUCCGACUCAGUAUUAAUGGCCAAUCGGGACAAUAACACGCUGCCACCCCGGAAGCGAAGACUGUACUUCAAGGAUCAGCCAACUCGGGCCACUGGCAACGGCAGCGCUGCGGAACUGAGGAUGCUAAGUCAAACGAAACCGGCUUCAGAGGUACAGAAAUCCAACACGCAGUCACCGCCCCCGCCGGUAGUGCGCAUGAGUUCCGUGAUUCAGUACGCCAAAUCCUCCUACGAGUGAGGACGAUCCCGUUGAGCUGGCGAUGAGGACGCUAAUUCUAUUAUUGGCCAUAUUCGAUUCGUGUACGUUUGGCAGACGGUCUGUUUCGUCUACCGAAUUAUUUUCGUUUCUAUAUUAGAAUAGUAGCUGCGAUUAGUCGGCUAAUUCAAGGAAGGAAGAAAGCAGACUUAUUAGAGGUUAGCUAAUUUAACGGUAAUGUUUUUUAGAAGAUAAUAUUUAUCUACAUACAACAACAAAAUGCAGUAGUGUUUAACAAGUUAGGCUUAAGAGAUUAAAUACACGCAAACAAACAAAACACAAACACAUACUAUAUGAAAGAAGACUGUCUCAGGUAAAUCAGUCAUUACAAUUGAUAGGUGGAGCGCUCGUACUAACAGACACGCGGAAAAUCUGAGAUCCUGCAAAUGGAAGACGAUUGAGAAUGUUUUGGACAAAGGAAAUUAUUAAGACUGUUGAAAUGUCAAAAAAUUCUAGUAACCAAGAAUUAUUUUAGGGCGCUUAGAGUAAAUGGAUGGGAAAACUCAUGAUCGUGUGUAUCAAGAUCAGAACAGAGAUAAGCUAUAUUUUAUGAGAACAUUGUAUCGUUUUGGAUAGUGGAAUACGCCAGUGAAAUCGUAAUAAUAACACGCAAAAAUCUUGCUAUUUAAAGUCCGAUGGCCAUGUGAAAAAGACUAGUUUUAUAUAGUGAGGAAAAAUAUCAGCAGGCAGAGACGUAAAAGAAGUGAAAAGGAUAGACUGUAAUGCCCAAAAUUCAAACCCUAGUUUUAAGCAAUCCAAACAAAAUCAGUUGUGUGUAGAAACAAAAAAUACCGAAAUUAGUAUUUAAGAAACUUAUUUCCGAACCCAAAAAAACUUUCACAAUCCUAUUUUUACACUAUCGGUAGGCAUCAUUAUAUUGGAGCGAAUGUCAAUAAUUUAAAUCAUAUUUGAACGGUAACAUUUGCAAGCACCACUACACCCACUGCCAACAAAGAAAAUGUUGUAUCAAUCAACGUAUCAAUCAGGUUACAAGAAAAAAAAAUCACCCACACCCAGUGACGCAGCAUAAAAUUCUAAACCAUAAUAAUCAGGGAUAUUGGAACUGGCAGCACUGUACAGCCACGCGGCCAAAUUUUUUCCUUUUUUUUCUACACCAAAACGUUUUUUGCGGCUACUGUAUAGCAAAUGGCAGAAUGAAUGCAAACAAUAACGAAAAAAUAUACCUCAAAAUAUACACAGAAAUACUAAAUCAUCGUUCGUUGGAAUUCGAAAUCAGCUGGAAAACAUUGUACAUAGACAUCCCCACUACUGUCUUCGUAGUAGGCUCGUGUUUGGUUCUGAUCUCCGUUUACUAUUAAAUAAGUGUCUUCGGUAACAUAUUAAAAGGCGCCGACUAAUUUCUAUUUGUCUUUUUAUGCUUUAUGAAAGAUAUUUGUAAACUAUAAAAACAAACAUACAGAACAAUGCAUUUAAAAUACUAUUUUGAAAAAAUAGUUAUUAGGGUUAAAACGGAAGCAGACGCCCACUCGCUGGGGG